CAAAAAAACCAAAACAAACGACGCCUCGUCACGCAGCUCCGCAUGAAAUCACUUUUAAUGUCGAGCAAAGACCAGAUCCGAUGGGCAUUCAACUUGAAAACGUUUCGCCCGUCCCUCGAGGACCUCCUGAAAGCCACAUCUUGCAUCCAGGCCGAAGAAAAAACCCGUUUAGCCAAGUUUGUGUUCCGAGAUGACUUUGAUGCCUCGCUAAUUGGUCGUCUGCUAAUGCGAAAAUUUGUGCACGAAACAACCAAUACACCUUACAGCAGUAUCAAGUUCGAGCGUGAUUCCAAUGGGAAGCCUUAUUUUGCACAAGGAAAUGUGGAUUUUAACGUUUCGCAUCAAGGAUCGUAUUCAGUACUUGCGGGAAUUGGCAAUUCCGAUACAAAAACUGCCAUUGGAGUGGAUGUUAUGAAAAUCGAGUAUACCGGAGGAAAGUCGCUCGACGAGUUUUUUCGCAUUAUGACACGAAAUUUCUCCAGUAAUGAAUGGGAAGCAAUUAAAAAUCCCUCAGAGAAGCGAGAAAAGGUGAAAAAUUUCAUGCGACAUUGGUGCUUGAAAGAAAGUUAUGUCAAAAAUAUUGGCGUUGGAAUCACAAUUGACCUACAAAAAAUAAGUUUUACCACGAAAGAGCCUUUAAAUGCGGAAAAAGUCAUCACAAGCACGUGUCUCGAUGUAAACAACAUUCCUGAGACGAAUUUCCUGUUCGAAGAAUCUCUCUUGGAUGACGAUCAUAUCGUUGCUGUAGCAUUAAAACAUCCAAAAUCUCCCAAUGUGCCUCAAAAAUUCCAAAUUUUGACAUUCAAUGAGCUUAUGGAGCAUUCCUCGCCGUUACUGGAACACGAUAUUGACUAUUGUAAAGCUAUUUUAGCAAAGGAAUAUAAAAGACAAUAAAAAACUGGGGCACAAAUUAUUGACUAAAUAAAUAAAUUACAAAAAUAUGGUAAAAAAAAAGUGACGAUUUGCAAUAAUUUACCCGCGUUUCGGCACUGGAAAUAUGAUUUUCCUUCAUUGUCAUUACUUUUUAAGUUAUCAGCCAUUUCCAUGCGAUGCGAGAAUUUCACGUAACAGGCACAACUUGGCACAACACGCACACUUUAGAGUCCCGUG